AUUCAUUCGUAGUGUAGGGGAACAAAACGGCGCGUUUAACCCUACCGCCAGAUAUUUUAUUGUUUCUUUUUGGAUACGCUUAAACCCUAACGCAUCCAAUUUCCUUAAAACCCUGAUUCCUCCCAGCACUUCUCUUAACCCAAAAUUUUCGGCGUCCUCAACCGGAAACCGGAAAUUACAAGUCAUAGUAUGCCCGUUAAACUUCUUCCACAGCUCCGUUUCCUCACUCCAUCACUUCCGGUAACCAGUCUCCCACCUAUGAAAUCAUUCUCACUAAUAAACUGGAAUCGACCCGUCCCCAUUUUCUCUCAGAUUUUCCCAUUUAGACUCAAAUACCUAGGGCUUUCACCUUAUUUCAAUUCUCAACUCAGUGUUCGCCGAUUCUCAACUCGGUCAUUUCGACCUAGAACCACCGCACGGUCAAGCUCUGAGUUUAGGCAGUCAAAAAGUUUAAUUGAAGACGAAGCUGAACUCAGUGACUGGGUUAGCGAGUUAAAGACGAGUUCUCUUCGUGGAAAACUCACCAGUGAAGACGAGUCAGAUUCUGAUAUGACUCGUAAUAAAAGUAAGAGGGAAAGAGGUAGAGAGGGAUUUUCUUCUUCGAAGAGAAGAAGGGAAAGGGAAACUGAUGAGUUUAGUGAGUUAAAUAAUAGGAGGGGAAUUAAAGAUAAAGUUGAUUCCUUUUCGAGGAAUUCGAGAGCAAGUAAGCCUUUUGAUAGGAAAUUUAUUGGCAGUGAUAAUGAGAAGGAGAGGUUUAAUUCGCGGAGAAAGAAAAUUGGAAAUGCUGAUUUAGGGUUUAGGAGAGAAAAAAGGGUAUCUGUUGAUGAAAAUGAUGAUUAUUUUGAUAAGGAGGAUGAGAGAAAGGACCUAAUAGGGAGAAUUACGGAUUUGGUUCGUGAGGAGGAGACUGAUGAUGCUAAUGAUGAAGGGUGUCACGAUGAUGAAGGAAUCUUAAGGAAAAAUGUAUCUUCUUCGUUGGGAUUUGAGAAAGAUAGGCCAAACUCUCCUGGAACUUCUGAUUCUUACUUAAGCGACUCUAGAUUUGAUCAAUGUCCAGUUUCUCCUUUGUCAUUAAAAGGAAUUAAGGAUGCAGGGUAUGAGAAAAUGACCGUUGUUCAGGAGGCCACUCUUCCAGUUAUACUAAAAGGUAAGGAUGUUCUUGCUAAGGCUAGAACAGGCACUGGAAAAACCGUAGCAUUUUUGCUUCCGGCAAUUGAAGUUGUUGUAAAAUCUCCUCCUACUGGUCGUGAUCAAAAACGACCUCCAAUUCUUGUGGUUGUUAUUUGCCCAACUCGGGAACUUGCAAGUCAAGCUGCUGCAGAAGCAAAUACCCUAUUGAAGUAUCACCCUUCUGUCGGUGUUCAAGUUGUGAUAGGAGGUACAAGACUUGCACUUGAACAAAAAAAAAUGCAAGCUAACCCUUGCCAGAUUCUUGUUGCUACGCCUGGAAGACUCCAAGAUCAUAUUGAGAAUACAGCAGGAUUUGCAACAAGGCUGAUGGGUGUCAAGGUCCUUAUACUUGAUGAAGCUGAUCAUUUGCUGGACAUGGGAUUUCGUAAAGACAUUGAGAGAAUAAUUGCUGCUGUUCCCAAGCAACGACAAACACUUCUAUUUUCUGCAACAGUUCCUGAAGAGGUUCGUCAAAUAUGUCACAUUGCUCUGAGAAGAGAUCAUGAAUUCAUCAAUACAGUUCCAGAGGGAACUGAUGAGACACAUACACAGGUCAGGCAGAUGCAUUUGGUUGCUCCAUUAGACAAGCAUUUCCCCCUAUUAUAUGUUCUUCUAAAGGAUCAUAUUGCGGAUAACAUUGAUUAUAAGGUUCUUUUAUUUUGUACAACUGCUAUGGUCACAAGAAUGGUUGCUAACCUACUUGGUGAACUGAAAUUGAAUGUUAGAGAGAUUCAUUCAAGAAAGCCUCAGAGUUAUAGGACCAGGGUUUCUGAUGAGUUCCGGAAGUCGAAGGGCCUUAUACUCGUGACUUCUGAUGUAUCUGCACGUGGAGUUGAUUAUCCUGAUGUAACCCUUGUCAUACAGGUGGGCUUGCCAGCUGAUAGGGAACAAUACAUACAUCGACUUGGUAGAACUGGCCGUAAAGGUAAAGAAGGGGUAGGCAUAUUGUUAUUGGCACCUUGGGAAGAAAGCUUCUUAUCUACCAUCAAGGAUUUGCCAAUAUCGAAGGCUCCAGUACCUUCGGUGGACCCUGAUACAAAGAAAAAGGUGGAACGAUCCCUCUCCCACGUGGAGAUGAAGAAUAAAGAAGCAGCAUACCAGGCCUGGCUCGGCUAUUACAAUUCCAGUAAGCUGGUCGGUAGGGACAAAUAUAGGCUUGUGGAGCUGGCUAAUGAUUUCAGCCGAAGUAUGGGACUCGAUAACCCCCCUGCCAUCCCCAAGCUCGUCCUCGGCAAGAUGGGUCUCAGGAACAUCCCUGGCUUGCGCUCAAAAUAGUUUUGACACCUAAGCAGUUGAUAGAGAAUCUAUAUUGAGAUCAUAUUCAUAGACUGUGCAGAUCGUUGUAGGAAAACAUUGCUUUCUGAUUGCUGGAUAGAACUUCCAAUGAAUAUGAGUUCGUAUUUCUGUGCAAA